AUGACCCAAGCUCUACAACCGGAGUCGAGUGACGGCAUAGGAGUCAUCAACAAGCAAGAUGCGUCGCCCGUCACAGUGGCUGAUUUUGCGGCACAAGCAAUGAUUCUGCGCCAUCUGAAGGACGCCUUUCCCGACGAUUCGUUCAUCGCCGAGGAAUCCAGCGCAGCCCUUGCAGAUGAAGCCGGUUUGGCCAAUCAAGUGUUGAAAGCAUCUCAAUUGGGAGACAUGGAUGCCUUGAAGGAAAGUAUCGAUCUCGGGAAAGAGUAUGAGCAUUGGGAUGGAUCCAGUAGGCCAAGUCGCGUAUGGUGCCUUGAUCCAAUCGACGGAACCAAAGGUUUCCUUCGCGGCCGGAGAGACGGCGGGCAAUAUGCAGUUGCGCUGGCUCUCUUAGAAAGUGGAACCCCGACUAUUGGUAUUUUAGGCUGCCCUAACUUGCCGUCCGAUCCCAAGGACUUUUCAUAUGUUUGGCAGAAAGAUGAAAACCUCGAAAACAACCAACAAACACGAGGGUGUAUUUUCGUCGCCAGCAAGGAUGGGGGAUCUUUUCAGCUCCCAAUUUUACCAAAAAGUAGCUCUAAAAAAAUUGAUUCACAAGCAAAGUAUGGCAUAAUAGCACGAGCGGGAGCCGAAUACUAUGCGCGGUUGCCAGCACCUGGCUACGUGGAGUGGAUCUGGGACCAUGCGGCUGGAAAGGUUGUUGUUGAAGAAGCUGGCGGGAGCAUAACGGAUACAAAAGGUAAGGUUAUAGACUUUUCAUUGGGUGCUAAAAUGAGUGACUCUGUGCAUGGUGUACUUGCCAGCAGCGGUGGUGUUUUCCAAAGUGCUUUGUUGAACGCUUUUAUAGAGCAAGAGGCUGAACGUCAAGCAAAAAAUGCCGACAUGAAUCAAUUCCAAAAAAAGCAUUUGUAG